GCCCGUGGACCGGAAACUGCUUCUUUGUCACGUAGCGGCGCCAGUCAAGUGUCAACACGGUUUGUGGACGAAACAAACGCUCAUUGAACAAAAUGUUGGCUUGGACCACAGUCCCCUUGAUGAUCCGGAACACAGCACCUUAUUUCUAGGCUCUUUGACGGUGAAGGUUCAGGAAGAAGGAAGAAUGCCAGUGGAGAGCAGCAGCAGUGGUGUGGUCCGGCAGGCCAAGCAAAAGAGAAAGUCUCACAGUCUGUCCAUCAAGAGGACCAACAGCACUGAGCAGGAGCGCUCGGGCCUGCAAAGAGACAUGCUGGAUGGACAGUCGUCAGAUAAUCUGGAAUGUUUAGGCAGAACGGAGGACUCCAAAUUGCCUCUGUCUCUGAGAACCAACUUGAUGGACCUGUUCAGUCAGAUCGAGAGAGAGUUUGAGAAUCUCUACAUCGAGAACAUUGAGCUUCGCAGAGAGAUUGAGACCUUGAACGAUCGCUUGACUGCAGAUGGUCAGACUCUAGAAGGUGCAGACUUGGCCAAAGGAGCUCUAAAAACUAAAACGAGUCACAGCACCAGCCAGCUGUCACAGAAACUAAAGACCACCUACAAGGCGUCCACCAGCAAGCCGCGUUCAAACUCUUGCCACGCCCCUGUAGGCGGAGCCCGCAACUUCAGCGUAAGCGGCUGGGAGUUGUGGGGCGGAGACUCAUGGAUUGUGUCCAGUUUCAAAACCACCACCUCCAGAGCCGUGUGUCAGCUGCUCAGGGAGUAUGUGGGCCACAGAGACGGCAUCUGGGACCUGAGUGUGACCCGCACCCAGCCCACGGUGCUUGGCACUGCAUCUGCAGACCACACGGCCAUGUUGUGGAGCAUCGAGACGGGAAAAUGUCUCCUAAAGUAUCUGGGCCAUCAAGGAUCAGUGAACUCCAUCAAAUUCCACCCCACUGAACAAAUGGCGCUAACAGCAUCUGGAGACCAGACAGCUCACAUUUGGAGGUUCAUGGUGCAGCUGCCCACACCGCAGCCCGUCGCCGACAUCAGCCAACCCCCGUGCGAUGACGACUUGGACAUUUCCGACAAAGAUGAGGCCGAGGUGGAAGCGGAAGGUCCCAACGACUGCCCGUCUGUGCGCGUGGCGUCCACCACGCUGCGCAGCCACCAGGGCGUGGUCAUCGCUGCCGACUGGCUGGUGGGGGGCAAGCAGGCGGUGACGGCCUCCUGGGACCGAACUGCCAACCUUUAUGACGUGGAGACGUCAGAGCUGGUCCACUCGCUCACUGGUCACGACCAGGAGCUGACGCACUGCUGCACCCAUCCCACCCAGCGCCUGGUGGUCACCUCAUCUCGAGAUACCACCUUCCGACUGUGGGACUUUAGGGACCCGUCCAUCCACUCUGUCAACGUCUUCCAGGGACACACUGACACGGUCACGUCUGCCGUCUUCACGGUGGGGGACAACGUGGUGUCAGGGAGCGACGACCGCACUGUCAAAGUGUGGGACCUGAAGAACAUGAGGUCGCCCAUAGCAACCAUCCGCACAGACUCUGCUGUCAACAGGAUCAGCGUGUCGGUGAGUCAGAAGAUCAUCGCUCUCCCUCAUGACAAUCGGCAGGUGCGACUGUUCGACAUGUCAGGGGUGCGAUUGGCCCGCCUGCCCAGAAGUAACAGACAGGGUCACCGCCGCAUGGUAUGCUGCUCAGCGUGGUGUGAGGACAACACCUCCUGCAACUUGUUCACGUGCGGCUUCGACCGCCAGGCCAUUGGCUGGAACAUUAACAUCCCCGCCCUCCUGCAGGACAAGUGACCCCGCCCCCCGCCUCGUUGUAACAUGCAAGUGGGAGGUCGUCACGUGUGGUAACCAUAUGUAACCCAACACCUUCAUGCGUCUUUGUCACAAAGUGGCGACUCACUGCUGCCAAUGUACACUGAACACUUCUUCUCGCCUGGUGUGGGUGGGU